AUGUAUAGGGGACAUACAUCCAAGAACCCUAAAUUACCCGAAUCAUUAGCGCAGAGUAAACAUAAGAUAGUUUUCAUUGGUCCUCCCAGUUCAGUGAUAAAAUAUCAUACGAUGGAUUGGAGUGGUAAUGGUGUCACCCAAACUGAAUUUGAUGAACAAGCUUCAGAGGGAGGAGGAGGAAAAGGAAUUAGAAAAGUGAAAAAUCCAGAUAAUUUUAAGCAAACAUUUGCUCAAGUUCAAGUUGAAGUUCAUGGUUCACUGAUUUUCAUCAUGCGAUUUGCUCGAGAUGCUCGUCAUCUCGAAGUUCAAGUUUUAGCGGAUCAAUACGGAAAUGCGAUCACCUUAUUUGAAAGAAAUUGUUCAGUUCAAAGGUGUCAUCAAAAGAUCAUUGAAGAGGCUCCCGUUACAAUUACAAAAUGGGAGACAUUUGAAUCGAUGGAAAGGGCUGCUGUUAGAUUAGCUAAAUUAGUUGGUUAUGUUGAACAUCCUACGAAAGAAAUGGUUUCAGGUGUGAAUUUACCUGCUCAAUUACAAAUCGCUAUGGGAAUUCCACUUCAUCAAAUUCGUUCUGAGAUCGAUUUUGAUUUUUCGGAUCCACAGUCUCCAAACUCAAAGGAGACUUGCACCAAAACGUCAUGUAAUCGCCCAGCACGAAUGUUUAAUUCUGCCAGUAGCCUUCAUGAGUUUGCUGAUUCUCAAUUUGGUCACAUUUUCGCUUAUGGGGGAGAAUUGUCAACGAUCUCGAAAGAAUAUGAUAGUCCCGCUUAA